AUGGAUACUAAUUCGUGGUCCGACGAUGACGUCUACGACUGGCUACAUCGGUUCUCGAUAGCUCUUGAACAAACAGUCCAAACAGGAGCCGACACCACGAAAGAGGAAAUUGUCAAGCUGCUUGCAUAUUUGACCACGUUCAAUGAAGCUAUUCAACGGAAUGGUAUUUAUCGACACCUCCAUCGGACACUAAAAUUAGCACAGGAUUUGUUAGACGCUGCCCUUACGCAGCAUGUCAAGAACGAACAGUUUUCAAUGAAGACAGAAUCAGAAAUCGGCGAUAUAGGAACAACAGAGAAGCUUCCCUCUGAAAUAUGUCCUUCCUCUGAUGUCACCGAUAUUAGACAGGCGAUUGAGUCUACAAUUGUGACCAACCUCGACGAGCUCCCUAAACUCAGUGAAAUUAUCGGUCUUGAAGAGGCAAAAACCGCUUUAUUCGAAGCUUUGGUGGAUCCCAUUCAGUAUCCGGAAUGGUUUGUUUCCUCAGAUCUGAAACCAUGGAAGGCUGUCCUACUCUAUGGUCCGCCAGGGACCGGGAAAUCUGCCCUCGCACAGGCCAUCGUGCGUGAAACAAAGUCGCAGUUGUAUCAGGUGUCUUCAUCGGAUCUGAUAUCCACAUGGAGUGGUCAGUCAGAACGCCUCAUUCGGGAACUUUUUGAUCACGCUGUUGCAUCAAAUAGAACUGCAGUAAUUUUCAUCGACGAAGUAGACAGUCUCUGCAGAAUAAGAUCUUCUUCUGAAGAUGACGCCAAUCGACGUGUGAAGACCGAGCUACUCGUCCAGAUACAACGCCUCCAAUCCACUUCUAAGGUUGUUCUAGUGUGUGCGACAAACUGCCCUUGGGAUCUCGAUCCUGCUUUCAUGCGAAGAUUCGAAAAGAAGAUUUAUGUCGGUCUUCCAGAUUACCGCUCUCGGCUAGAUAUGCUUAAAAGUCGUCUUUUGCACACCACGAUGGAUUCGAGUGUAUCAUUUGAAUGGAUAGCGGAAGCUACAAAUGGAUUCAGUGGAGAUGACAUCCGACGUUUUGCGACCGAAUUAGCCUAUACUCAGUUCCGAUACUACAAGGUGGUUACUCAGCGUCAAGUCUUUUUCGUUAUUUAUUAA